AUGUUAUUCAAAACUUUAAUUUCAUCAAUUAACAAAUCAAAUGAAUUUUCAAAAAUAAAUAUAAAUAAUAGUAUUGAAAAUAUAAACAUAGAAUUGAAUAAUCAAAUUCAUGAUAAAACAGUUUCAUUAAAAACCAAAAAAGUUUACUUUACAAGACCAAACUUUGUUUCCUUUUAA